UUGUAGUCAACAAAACAGAAAUAUCAUUUGGUGAGGACGUUGAUGUCAACACACAACAACGAGAACUUCUGUGUGUUGGCAAUACCUCAAAGCACAAUAUGAAAAUCCAAAUAACAACUAAAGGUGCAACAAUUGAGAAAUAUGUAUUUGAGUCAAAUCCGAAGAUAGUAAUGUUACCAAGUGGCGAGGCGUGCGAGUUAGAGAUACUACUGACUUUAAAAUGCACAACUAAAAUGGAUGAGAGUGUUGUGUUGGUUUCAAACUCAUUUACAAAAAGAAAACCCAAAUUAAAAGAAAUUAAAAUUACUGCAACUUCAAAAUUGACAACACGACUCGAUCCAGACGAGUUGGAAGAAGACAAGAAACUUGGCGAAGGUUCGUUUGGAAUUGUUUUUAAAGGAAUGUUCAGAAACAAUGUUGUUGCUAUUAAGAAAAUGAAAAUCGGCACUGAAGAUGAUUCUCAAAAAAUCGAGUUUGAUAAGGAAGUUGAAAUGUUGGACAAAUUCCGCAGUGAGUAUAUAGUCCACUUUUAUGGCGCCGUGUUCAUACCAAGUAAGAUAUGUAUGGUCACCGAAUUUGCGCAAUAUGGGAGUUUACAAGACUUGAUGAAACACAAAACAUGUAUAGAAAUUGAUAUGAAACUUCGAGUUAAAUAUAUGAUAGACGCUGCUAAAGGUAUUUCAUAUUUACACACAAAUGGGAUAUUGCACAGAGACAUCAAACCAGACAACAUUUUAAUAUUUUCACUUGAUAUAAAUGACAACGUAAAUGCUAAGUUGACUGACUUUGGAACAAGCAGAAAUGUUAAUAUGAUGAUGACUAAUAUGACUUUCACUAAAGGUAUUGGAACACCAAAGUAUAUGGCUCCUGAGGUGCUUAACAAAAAGAAAUAUAAAAAGCCAGCAGACGUCUAUUCAUUUGCUAUUACAAUGCUUGAGUGCUUUUUGUGGGACAAUGCAUUUCCUAAAAAUGUAUACGUUUUUUCAUGGACCAUAGCAGACGAUGUUGCAUCAGGAAAAAGACCAACAACAAUAAAUACGCUUGACAUAAAGUAUCAGAAAAUUAUUGAAAAAUGUUGGAAACAAGAACCUCAAAAAAGGUGUUUAAUAGACGAAGCAAUUAAUGAUAUCGAAAAAUUGAAUUAA